AUGAAGAAAUGGCGUCUUCGGCCAACCACAAGUCUGUGGGGUGUUGGUGAGGCCCAGCCGAUGGAGCAGCAGGUCACCGAUCAGCCACUCUUCGAUCAGGACUUGUGCGUAGACCUCCAAGUCCACUGUACGGUCCCGUACGCACAAGCACCUCGGUCGCAGUUCCGGCCCGUUCGAAGUGUUACCGUUGAAAGCCGUUAUCCGGAGUGCACCUGGCAUGACGGC